AGGAAAAUCCUAUUGAGAACUCUCAACCAGUCAACCUUUUAGUAGAUUAAGCCAUUUAUUUAGGGCAGCUGACAGCCUUGGACCCAGUGUCACCUUUGAUGAUAGAAAAUAGCUACUUUUUAGCUUAACACAAGAAAAUUGAGUACUGACUACCAAAAAUUCAUAAUUGAAAAGCACCAGCUCCUUUCCUGACACUUUCUUCCAUUACUCACUUUCGUUCUAGUUUGUUACUUUGUUGGUGCUUUUGACUGAGCUUUGCAAUAAAUAAAAGCAUAUGAAAUGGAACAGGAUAAGAAUAAAGAAAGAGGUCAAAUGAGACUUCGGGGUUAUAAAUUUCCAGAACUCGUGCUAAAAAUUGCACCCUUGACCUUAUAUGCAGUGAAUUUACCUCCAUUGGUCACUAAAGAUGUGAUAGCUGAGAAGUUUUGUAUUACACAAGACUGCAUCACCCUGAAGGGGAAACCUGGCAAGAAGUCUACCUCAGCCAUCAUUGUUCCCCCCAGCUGGCACAAAAGUGAUUUAAUUUUGAGUGAUCGUGAUGCAAUGUACUUUGGGAAGCGGAAAGCAUUUGUAAGGCAAUCUCAUGACUCGGACGCAUCACGACCUGCCUCAAAGCACUACAAGCCACAUAAGCUGUCCAGUGAAGACUUUGACCUGAGCCCUGCCAGCAGUGGACAGCCUACACUUCAUGUCCUCCAUGAUGACGUCUUGUUCCAUAUUAUGAAAUAUUUGAAUGUUGUUGAGAAACUGAAUCUUGAAGCAGUGUGUCGACGCUUUCAGUCGCUGGUUUACAGCGAGCUGGGCCAGAAGAACAUCAUAGACUUCACUGAUAGCAAGCACUGCGUCUGGCGAAGUGCUUGCUACAACCUCUCCAAAUGCCGCAUCAAGUCGCCGGCCCAGCGCACGCAGGACAUCAAGCUGUGCACCUACAAGAUGCUCAUCAUGAACGCAAACCACCUCACCACUCUCAGACUCGACGAGUAUCGGUGCAUCUUUGAUGUCAACGUAUUUGCUGCUAUAGGUCGACUUGCUGUGAACUUAGAUGAUUUAUGCGUGCUGUUCUCGUACAAGAGGAAGCACUACACCUCCAUGAAGACCAUCUUCUCGCGCUGCUCGAAACUCAGGACUUUCUGUCUUGAAGGCACAUUCAACGCUGACGAAUUAUUGCGAGACUUAAGGCAAUGCAAAUGCCUUGAGGUGUUGUGGCUGGGCAGAUUGACGCAUCUCAACUUCGCUCAUCUACGGAAGUUGCAAGCUCCUCUGAGAGAGCUCUCGAUCCGCAGCGUUGAAUUGUUAUCGAACUUGGGAUCAAACGAAAGCUUUCCAGACUUCCCUUUCAACUCUAGCCUCACGACAUUACGCUUGUUCAACCACUGCUCGCUUCCACCGAUGGAAUUGUGGCUGGGGGAAACUCUUUUCUCAAUGUCAUGCAAGUGUCCUGCGCUGACCCAACUCCAGCUUGAUUGCUACUGGUAUUGUGGGCCUCCCAAUUUCAAGACAUUCAAUAACUUGAAGGUGCUACAUUUUAUUGCUUGUGACGAGGAUAAAAUUAAGGUUCUUCUCAAAAGCGCACUGCCUGACGUCGAGGAUCUCUACAUCGAGUUUUCGACAAGAAAAGUUUAUGACAUGUACGCUGCAAAUAAAGUCCUAACUGUAGACUUUUCGGUGGCACCGAUGUCAAUGAAGUCCCUGACGCUGCCUUCCGUCACUUUGGACGAUAACUCCUACAAGAGCCUCCUGCGCAUGCCCAAGCUGCAGCGAGUCUUUGUCAAAAGCAAGAAAUUCUCACUGGCUCAGCUGAAACUGCUCGUGGCCCACGUUCAGCUGGUCGAGAUCGGCGCCGCGAUGGUGACCGUGGAUCUCGCCACGGCACAGGAGCUUGCUGCGCUGCGCAGCAAGGCGCUGGCCGCGAGCAGGUCCAGGUUCCCUUCACUGUGUCUCGACCACGACAAGCCCCUCGUGCUGCAUGUCAACUACGCCCACCACGUGACCUUCGCAGAUCCUCUCAUAAUAAUUAAAGACCACAAGAUGAACUCGUACAUCUACGAGCGCGUCGGGUCGUGUCGCUUUGAAAGCGAGUGGCUGGACUUCGGCCAUGAUUCCCACCAGCAGGCGGCUGGCAAAGAUGCCCCGGACACUGAUGACGACGACUGGUAUAACGACACGACCGUAUCGUUUGAGGACGGCUCCGACCACGACUAAUAAGAAGAAGGUACGCUCUACGACGGCCGUCGUGAAUACUGAGCCUAUCCUGGCUUGUGCUGCAGUUCUGUGAUACGACGACGAGUGGAGCUGACCCGGUGUGUUCUGCGGUGUCCAAGCAAUCUAGUCUUCCCAUUGCCAAAGUGGCGUCAAUGAUUUGAUUGCUAGAUGUUUUCUAGUUGGUACGUUAAGCUAAGAAUUUCGAGGCUAUAGCUACGUAUUCGUAUAAGGAGAAAUUCAGUUUAAAAUAACGAGAAAUUUUGUUUGAUGUUUUUUUAUAACUUGUCGCUGAACGAUUUAUGUAAUUCGAGAUUUGUUAAAUUAUUUUGUAGUUUCGUUUUCAUUGGAGUUUUUUUUUACUUCGACUCAAAAUUGAGGCCUGUCUUUUAAGACAUAACUUCUUAUCUGCUGUGCAAUCUUUGGUUCUAUACUAUACCACAAUCAUGGAUCGUCUCUGAUCUCUGCACUGAUCUCGGUCACGCGAGUGAUUCUCAGGGACCGGGCAAUGUGUCUUUACCUAAUUCUUUGCUCCUUUUUUGCCUUUUUAUCGGAUCAGUUGAAAUCUCUUAGCGAUAUGGUGUUACAAAGGUUUCCUGGAGAUCUGAACUUUUUAGCUUUGUUCAAAUAGUACAAAUGGUCCUUAUUUUUAAUUUCCUGCGUUCGUUUUGGCUGUUCUAUCAUAGUAGCAUCAAAAUGCUCAAAAGCAAGAUAGUUUCAAAUAAAUUUAUCAAUCUACCUUGAAAAAUAAGCUCUAAGUUUCUGCGGAUAUUUUACUGCUUUGACGUUGCCGUUUGUGUUGUUUCCUAUCAAACGAAACUUUUCAUUAUUGUUACAUUUUGAAUUUAUGCAUGAUACUAUAUAAUUGCUGAUUAAAGUGAUCAGUCAACUUGCUUUACUGUUCGAAAAUUGUACUCGCUGAACUGCUGCAGGAGUUGAUACCUAUCCAUUAAUAUGAUCGUGCUUUAUGGAAAUAUUUCUAGCAAAAAAUCAUAAUGUCCGUGUACCGUUUCUGAAAACUCGAUUUCUUUUUGUGUUAGUAAUAGAGAGAGGGAAUAUUUUUCCGCAUUCAUUUCGCUGCACCUUGCAUGGAGGAAUCGUAGUAUAAUUUUGUUCUUACCAUCUAAUGGAUUGAGCAUCAGUCCUGCUUAAGUUUAUACCGUCAUUGCUUGAACUAUCGGUUAAUGACUUCCAAAGGCAAUAUAAAAUUUUUAUUUGCAGUGCGAUUUUGCUCCAGUUCUCACGUGUCCGAGUAAGUUCUUUUGUAUAUGUAGAGCUUGUGUUGAUGAUGUUUUUUUUCUUAGCCCAAAUUUGUUUUUAGGCUUACGCAGUUAUUAAAAGGAAUAUUUUUGUAUUGAAAUAAAGAGGAUAUUUU